CUUUCACAAUGUCCAGAGCCCUUGCUGUCCUGCAAAUGAAGGAGGAGGAUGUCCUUAAGUUGCUGGCAGCAGGAACCCGUUUAAGUGGCACCAACCUUGACUUCCAGAUGGAACAGUAUAUCUAUAAAAGGAAAAGUGAUGGCAUCUACAUCAUAAAUCUGAAGAGGGCCUGGGAGAAGCUUCUCCUGGCAGCUCGUGCCAUUGCUGCCAUUGAAAACCCUGCUGAUGUCAGUGUUAUAUCCUCCAGGAAUACUGGCCAGAGGGCCAUGCUGAAGUUUGCUGCUGCCACUGGAGCCACUCCAAUUGCUGGCCACUUUACUCCUGGAACCUUCACCAACCAGAUCCAGGCAGCCUUCCGGGAGCCACGGCUGCUUGUGGUUACUGACCCAAGGGCUGACCACUAGCCUCUCACAGAGGCGUCUUAUGUUAACCUACCGACCAUUGCUCUGUGUAACACAGAUUCUCCUCUGCGCUAUGUGGACAUUGCCAUCCCAUGCAACAACAAGGGAGCUCACUCAGUGGAUUUGAUGUGGUGGAUGCUGGCUCGGGAAGUUUUGCUCAUGCGUGGCACCAUUUCCCGUGAACACCCGUGGAAGGUCAUGCCUGAUCUCUACUUCUACAGAGAUCCUGAAGAGAUUGAAAAAGAAGAGCAGGCUGCUGCUGAGAAGGCUGUGACCAAGGAGGAGUUUCAGGGCGAAUGGACUGCUCCAGCCCCUGAGUUCACUGCCACUCAGCCUGAGGUUGCCGACUGGUCUGAAGGCGUGCAGGUGCCCUCUGUGCCCAUCCAGCAGUUCCCUACUGAAGACU